CUCCUCAUACACCUGUCUAGUGAAUCUACGCUGCAGUCUCAAUGAGUCAACACCUGGAGAGUGAGUGCUGGGAUCAAACCGGCUGGGAUGAAGAUGGAGAGAGAGAGACAGAAAGAGUUGGCCGCUGCGCCUUUAAGGCUGCAUGUGGUCUACAUCUUGCUGCUCCCAUGGCAGGCUCCGGCGGUGCACGCUUUCAAAGUUUGACUGGGGAAUAGAGGUAGAAACGGCGGCGGCAUCGCUCCGUCGGGAAACAGACACAAGGCAAUCAUCUGAGAGGAGAGAAAAAGGACCACAAAAAAAAAGACCGCAGCUCGCAUGGGAGUGUCCGGCGAUAAGAACAAAGGGACAGAUGACUGAGCGGAUUUUCGAUUUAUAAAUGGAAAACAGAAGAAGGUUAAUGUAACAGCUGAAAGAAGGGACUCCCGGCCGGCUGCAGCAGCCUCCCCCUCAACCAUGCCGCCUGUUUCCCGCACGCUGUUGUUCGGCUUUAUAACGCUGCUGGUUGUGAUUUUGAUCAUUGAUGAUAUUGCAGAAGUGGAAGAAGAAACUGCAAAUACUGGACAUUCAAAGAAGAUGAGCUUGCACCGGCUCAUCCCAAAACCGCGCAGAAAGGCUGCAGCACACGUGGAUCCGACUGCUUUGACAAGAUCAAGUAAAGAUAUAAUAAAUCAUCAUCAUCAUCCGAGCUACAAUAACACUGCCAAGCUCUCGUCAAACAGCUGGACCUUCAACAGGACCCUCUCCAACCUCAUCAGGAAGAAUAUUCUGAGAUUCCUCGAUCCAGAGAGAGACAUCUCUAUUCUGAAAGGCACGUUGAAACCAGGGGAUAUCAUCCACUAUGUUUUCGACCGCCACAGCACCACAAACGUUUCAGAAAAUCUCUAUCGUCUUUUGCCAACUGUAUCCCCCAUGAAGAACCAGCAUCACAGGCGCUGCGCCAUUGUGGGAAACUCGGGGAUCCUUCUGAACAGCAGCUGUGGACCCGAGAUUGACUCUCAUGACUUUGUUAUCAGGUGUAACCUGGCACCAGUGGAGGAAUACUCUCGGGACGUUGGGUGGCGGACCAACUUGGUGACCAUGAACCCUUCAGUGGUGCAGCGGGCCUUCCAGGACCUCGUCAGUGAGAAGUGGAGGGAGCGCUUCUUGCAGCGGCUUAAGAGCCUCAGCGGCAGUGUGCUGUGGAUCCCAGCCUUUAUGGCCAAGGGGGGAGAGGAGCGUGUGGAGUGGGCCCUUCGUCUCAUCCUGCUGCACACUGUGGACAUACGCACUGCCUUCCCUUCGCUGCGCCUGCUCCACGCCGUCAGGGGGUACUGGCUGACCAACAACGUCCACAUCAAGCGUCCAACCACUGGGCUCCUCAUGUACACCUUGGCUACUCGCUUUUGUGAAGAGAUCCAUCUUUAUGGCUUCUGGCCCUUUCCACUCGACCCGCUUGGCAAACCAGUCAAAUACCACUACUACGACACUCUAAAAUAUGAGUACACCUCCAGCUCCAGUCCUCACACCAUGCCUUUGGAGUUCAGGACCCUAAGCACGUUGCACAGACAGGGGGCGCUCCGGCUCCACACUGGGACCUGUGUGGAGCCUGAAAGCAAAUAAUGAGUAGAAGACCUCCAUGGAAACCACUUUCUUAACUGAGCAAACUCUUUACAAACAGUUUUCUUGGUAGCAUACUUUUAUGAAACUUGAAUUAACUUAUUUUCAGUAACUGGGAUGAACUUUUUCUAUUUCGAGCUCUUUUUAGAGACUCGUUUGACUGCUGUGUUUUACCUUUAAUGAGAUUUCUAUGGCAACCUUUAAAAUAACAAGACCCUUUUUUCAUUAACUCCCUUCUGCUGGUGUUACCAACAGUUGAGAUCCUCUCAUGUCCAGCUUUUGGCCCCUUAUUAAAGCAGCCAAUUUAAAACUGUAGUAACAGUAAUUUAGGUUUCCAGCAGGGUUAUGAAUUAAGGGUAUUUGUGUUUUCAAACUUGGUCAUGAGACAACAUAAAUUUAUAUUUCCAGUUUAUGCCAUAGGUAAAGGGGUUGUUGUAAUUAACCCAGCAUGUUAACAGCAUGAAGAGUUGUUGAAUUAAUGGCUGUUGUGAGUUGCUAGUUGGGCCACAAGAUGGAAGCACUUAAUAAUCAGGGAGAUGGAUGAUGAAGAAAAAUGCUGGUCGACUUCAAACUUAUGUUAGUUUAAUAUGAUGAACCCUUCUGAUUCUGAUCUUUUUAGUGAUGAGUGAAUAUGAUGUUCACCUUGUAAUAGUCUAAAGAAUUUUACAGCAACAUACAAAAUUUUGUGCUUUUGUAGCUUAGAAACUGUGAUGAUACCCUAAAUGAUGAACACAUUUAAAAAGUCCAGUCAACCAGAACCUCCGUGUGAAACUGUUUGGUUACCUGGAGAGCCAAAUGAAUGAAUGGAAGCAUGUUGAACUAUACUCAAGUCCUGUGAGGAUAAAGAAGGACUGAAGCAGCUGUUCACAUAAGCCUGUUUACACAGACUCAGCCGACGGUUAACUCACUUUGUAAACCUUUCUCAAAGAGCACCAGCCCUGUCUCUGCACUGGAAAUGUUAGUGGUUAGCUCAGACUGUAGUUGUAAAGUGGUAGUAAGAAGAGAUUUGCUUAUUUUUAAAUGAAUGUAUCGGUGACAUUCUUACAAUUACUGUAAGAAAUGAGCCCCAUAACGUGCUUUAAAUGCAGUCACAUUUCAUUCCACUGAGAAGGGGAAGAGCUGAUAACUUGCCUUUAUUCAUUUGAGAUGGUAAAUUAAUAUACUUGUGUAGGGUGUUUGGGUUUGUAUUCAACCAAUAUAUACUGUAGCUUAAUAUAGAUUUUUGUGGAUUUGAAUGAAGCUGCCAAUGUUUUGUGCCUAUAAUCGAUAUAUUUAACCAAUUACAAUUGGGCCAUUCCCAUGCCCAGAAAUAAAAAUGUUCAGGGUUCAUCCAGGUUAUUGACAGGAUGGAAAAACAGAGUUACAUGAUUGUCUUAAUAGUGUUGAUUACUUCUUAAACACAGACAUGAAAAUACAGUGAAAAGACUGAACAGAAUGUGCAAAAAAUACAUUUUAUUGCAGGUCAUGUUUGACUUGUUCUUAUGUAAUAGUGGUCAGAUAAGACCCUCCUUUGUAAUAGAAGUUAACACUUUUGAAUGAUUCAUCAAACCAAUAUAUUGGUUCAUUGCUUUUUUCUUUGUGUACUUUAGGCUCCACCUUAUUAGAAGUCUCAAACUUCACUUAUGGAGUUUGUGGGUCGUCUUGUCUUGAAUCAGGGCUUUUUGCCAAAUGCUUUGGGUAUUUUUCUGCAAGAAAAUGCCUCCGUUAAUAAAAAUUAACAAAAGUAUUUGAACUAUUCAGAGGGCUCUGCAGCUAAACAAGUAGCCUCUCAUGCGCUUCCAGCCAUGUGAUUUGUCCAUAAAAGUGUUGUUUUGACUGGAUGCGCCUGUUGAUUUACAUGUUGGCCUUAUUACGCUGCCAAUUAAGUUAAGAAUAGACUUGAAAGUUGUACAAGAGACGUCAGCAGUCUGAAGCAAUGAAUGGGGGGGUUUUUUUGUGUGUGAAAGCUCGUCUGAGCUCUGCAAAAAUAGAAACACUCUGUGACCAACACAAUUAAGUUAAUUAACCCAGAAUGUGGAAUUUGCCACAGUUAAGAAAACUUGCUACUGACAUGUAGUUUAAGCUGUGAGACUGUGGCGAUUGUGCUGUAUAGUUUUGUCUUACCUUUUCUUGUGUAUACUGUAUAUUAACAUCUGUUUAUUGUCCAAAUUCCAGCAAUGUGAACUUUUGCAUGUUUGUCUUGUCUUGAAGCGUACCACUUGAGUAUUCAAAUUUUUGACUUUUUAAAGAUUCAGUAUGACUCAAGGACACUGAAAUUGUGCAGUUAUGACACAGCGAAUGUAUUUUUUCUGUGGCAGAAUACACCUAAAAGAUCAGAAUGGAAAAAAAAUAACACAUGAAACCUCUCCCUUAAAAUGAUUUAACACUUCAAAGGAAGCAGUUUUAUUUCAGUAAUGUUUCAAAGAAAUGGAAACUGAGGAAACAGAUGUGGGUAACACACGACAUCUCUGUAUGAGAAACCAAGCCGGGACUUGUUUUCAAUAAACUUCCAAAACAAAUUGAACAUUUAACUUUUUUUGAUUUAAAUGUGGGAUCAGGGAAGUUAGCUAGACUCUUCAAAUAGCUACCACAAUGGCUUUGAUUCAUUUUACAACAGGAACUAUCUGUAGCAGAUGGUUCAGUUCAAAUAAAAGUCCAGAAUUAGAAUCAUUAGAUGAAAUGGGUUUUUCCACAAUUUCACAGACAAGUAAACAUAAAAUAAAAGACCAAGAUGCAAGAGGACAACUGUACGAUGGUGACAUGCUCGCCUGAGACAAACAUAGCAGAAGUAUAAAAAAAGGAUCUGCAGUUUUCUGCAUGUACAGUGAAAGACUAAAUUCAAACAGGAUACAAUACUGAAAUGAACAGUAGUCAUAUAAUAAAAUGGAAAACACAUACAAAUACCAGAAGUGAUUCGUAUGAUUCAAUGUAUUAUUCAAAAACCUUGUCAGACAUUCACACACACCCCUGAAUUCCUGCUUGUAUAUUAAACAAUGACAAUAAAAAGAUCCAGUCUUCUAUAAAAUGUCAAUAACGCUGUUUUAAACACAGGAAAAACAAUUAUCCUGGAAAUACAAUGCUGAAUAGGUUGCACAAGAUUGGCCAGUGCUGUUUCUUUGCUUUUUUCUUGUCACCACAGAUGGAGGUCACUGAGAAACAGCCUGCACCUGCAGGCCAUGUUCCACUAUCAAAUAACAGUUUGGAUUAAAACAGAAGGUCACCUACAACACCCACACUCACAUUUGCUGCAGAAACCUAAUCUAGUUGGACUCUUUGCUGUUAAUAUAAUGUAAUCACAUUUAAGGUGCAGGCAGAGACUGGGAAGGUUUGUGAACUCCUUUUCCUCUCCAUUUCAUUUACGUUGAAUCAGGGUAAAUAUGUAGCCACAGCUAGUACCAACUUAGCUUAUCUUAACUUCUAGCCUGACUCUGUCUGAGGGUAAGAAAAUCUACCUACCAUUAACAUGGUCAUGUUAACGGUUACGUUCCAGACUAUUUGUUGGCCAGGAGCACACAUGACUCCAGUAAGUCACUUUGCCUUGAAAUAGCCUGGCACAUGACUCCCAUAAAACCACUAUUUGUCAUUUUUUACUCUUUUACUUUUUGCACACAUUAAGCAAACAAUAUAUAUUGUGUUAAUUAGUGAGCUUUAUGGGUGUUGCUAUGUUGAUUUCAGAGUCUUUGGACAGGAUGGGACUAGCUGUUUCCAUCUGUUUUCAGUCUGUAUGCUAAGCUAAGCUAACUACCUCCUGGCUCCAGCUUCAUAUUUAAUGGACAUACAUGACAGUGACAUCGAUCUUCUCAUUUAACUCUUGGCGAAAAAAAGCAAAAAUGUUUAUUCCCCAAGAUGCCGACCUUUUCCUUUAAUGCUUAUCUAAUGGGCCAAAUAAAUUAACUUUGUCAGCAUAAGAAAACACCUCCACUGUAAAUCCCAAUAUCAAAAUAUUUCCAUCAACAGUCGAUGCCAGUGUUUGUAAAAAGUAUAAAGCCAAUGUUGUCUUUACUGAAGGAAACAGGGCCUUAGUUUGGUAUUACUUCAGGAAAAAACAUGCUGCCCUCCUCAAGUUACUCAUUACAAAAGUCAGUAAGCCAUUAAUGGACAUUAGCGUGAGAGACUUUACUUAAUAUUGAACUAGCCGUUCACUCACUACCUUACACUAGAGACACCAAACAUUAGGGAUAAUUUCAGUCGGUGAAUAGAUAUUAUAGUAAUUACAUAUUGUUUGCAUUUAAAAGAUAAGACACUGGGUGCAUGUACUGUACAUUUUAAGUAACUACAGUACCAGUCACAUGUUUGGACUCACUUUCUCAUUGAAUGGAAAAGUGUUUCCAAACGUUUGACUGGUACUGCACAUCAAUGCAGCUUUUAAAACUCUUGUUGAUAUUGUCUUAAAUGAAACUAUCAAAUGAUAAAGUACAUCUAAAACAACAGGUUACAGCAUUCACAUUCAUAGCAAAUGGAUGUAUUCCAUAAAUACCUUAUGACAAUAUUAUUUGAGCUUUUAAUCAAAUCUUUAAACUACAGCUGAGAUAGCAGCAAAUUAGGAACAUCUCAAACUCCACAUACAGUAAAAAAAUAUACGCUUACUCCAUACAUAAGGACAGAACGCCUUACACAGUAUAUAUGCACAAUAAAGUGGUUAGUAGAUAAGAGUUAACAUUUGGUAUGAAAAUUCAGUUUCAAAAUAGCAGUCACUGUAAUUCACCGGAUAACUAUUCUUCAUAGUGUGCAAACUCUUCUUCUGAAUAUUCUCUGCACAACAUUUGUUGCAUGUGAACAUUUUAUGCAUCAAUUGAUGGCCUCUAAUGACCACCGAAUAUUUAAUUAAAGAAUAUAUAUCAACUCAGAUCACAAAAGAUGUGAUUAACCCUGUAUUAUAAUGUGUAGAUCAUAGCUUGGAACCUAUAAACUCCUCAGCCUGCAGACUGUAUACUGUAGCUCAAGUUUAAAAAUAAAAUAUACAGUAAAGUAAAAGAUAAAAUGUUAUUUCCAUGUAGUGGACUGUUAUGGAGAUGAUUAAACUCCAAGCUGCCAACAGCCUGAUUAUUGAAUGACUUUUGAGGAGAAGUCACAACAUGAAGCAUCCAAGUCAUUAACAAUGGAAAGAGGUGCGCAAGUUAUUUGGGCCACAUGAUAAAAACAUCAGUUAAGCAGCGAACAAAGAUAUCCACGCGGCUCCUCCAUUUAAACACAGAUAAAAAGCCAUGCACACGCAGCAUAUAAAGUUGCUGAGUUGGCAACACAAAACAAAAUAGAAGAAGAAAAAUAGAAGAAAUCACUUGAGUUGUUCCAGGGAAAACAGGAGUUAUCAAAUAUCGAUGUCCAAUGUGGGAUU